ACCGCCACAUGGCAGCACUGUCUCAUUUGGGUAUGAAGUGUUUAGUGUUAUGUUGUGAAUAAAACAAUAUUAAAUACAAUUAUAAUUCUGAUAAUCAUCAGUUAAAUCUAGCGCAAGAAAAUGUAUAUUGUAUUGAAUUAAGAGUGGCAAAAAGUCCUGUUAAUUCAAGAAUUAAUCACAUGUUAUUUAAAACGCAGUCAUGGAACCUCUUCAGGUAUUUGAUAGCUUUAAGUUAAAUGUUUUAAAUCAAGUUUGGGUUAAAUCUGUGUGGGAUGGUGAAUUCUUAAUAGUGGAUGAUCUUCCUGACGAAUAUCUUCUUCACUUAGACAGUGAGGAUAUGGGAGUAUUAUUAACAGAUGCUCAUACGGUUGUGAAGACUUGGAUGUCCGAAAACUUAGAUUCAAAUCAGCUUGAAAGAUGCCAGAGACCAGAAGUGUCCUGGCAGACACUUACAGCUCUGAAUAUAAACUCGCACAGCUUACUUGCUGUUCUGGCUUACUUAAUGAAAAGUGGUCAAUCGAGUAUGGCAGACGAAGACUCCAGACUUUCUUGCUUAAAAGCUACAAGUUUAUAUUUUAUGCUAUUAGCUGUUCCAGGUAGCAAUGCAUUUCAUGUGUUUCAUCCUAACUUGUAUCAUAAAGCUAUGGAGACAUUUAAAUUAUCAAAGCAUUUAACAGCAAAGCCUGUUAAACGUAUUCAAACUACUGAUUUGGAUAAUUUUUAUAUGCAAGACGAAGAAAAUAUAAGCACAUUAUUAAACCUAGAAAAAAUAACAUUGGUCAAAGGUUUGAAUAGUACCAUGUAUGAUCUGAUUAUGAUGCUCAAGACCUUUUGCAUGAGGGAUCAACUCAGGUCAUUAGAAAUCACGGUGCAUUCCUUACUGGAAAUCACAAAAUUGGAAACAAGUAUAAAUCAUUUUGUAGCUGGAAAUAAGAAUAUGGACGCCUCGAUAACUUCGUUAUCUUACAAUGCUUAUGUAGCAUUGCAAGAAUUAUGCAAUCCACGACACGGUGCAAUUGAUGUUACCGUUAGAUUGAUCUCAAAAUACGUGCUUCCUCAUCUUUUAUUAAACUACGUAGAAUUACCAGCAAAAGCGUUGAUGGUUAUACGUGACACAACUGUUGAUUUUUUGAAGAAUUUACUUUCUACGCAUGAAAAACAAGCCGAGCUAGGAAUAACAAUAUUAAUUCAACAUUUAAUGGUAAAAUGCCCAGAGAGAGUAGAAGCCCGCCAGAAACAAGCAGCAGUCAUCACGAAGUUAAUGAAUUUGUGCAAAGGCAACAUGUAUAAUAGCAUCAUCGAUGACCUUAUAUUGCUAGCAUAUCACAAUAAAGUAUCAUAUAGAAUUUUUGCACAAGAAAUCAUGGGAAAAGUUGUACUUGACAAUUCAAAUAAAUUGCUCAAUUCAAAAGUCAAAAAUUUAUUAAUAGCCACUACUCUUAGCCGAUGCAUUGAUACUUCAAAUAUGGUCCGGGGAAAAGCUAUGGCCAUAUUUGCAGAGUGCAUAAAUGUAGAAAAUGAUAAGAAUGGUACAAUAGUAAACGAUAUUUUUAAAAUAUCCAAUGAAGACAAACCAUUCCUGCCAGUAGAGGAACUUAGACGAGCUUUAGCAGAGGAUAUUAAUCCCUUACCAGGAUCAAAUACUAUUAUGAAAAUGUUGAUGCACAGAGUAGAAGAUGAACGUGCAUUAGUAAGACGAAGUGCUUUACAGAUUCUUCAAGAUCUAGUGACAGCUUUCCCAGUAUUAUUAGACAAAAUAAUACCAGCAACAGGCCUUCGCUGCAGAGAUCCUGCAUUGUCUGUACGACGUUACGCUGUACAGGUCUUAACUAAUAUUCUAGAGAAGUUUUAUGGUCACCCUAAUCUAGUGAAGGAAUGGGUGCAAGCAGUUUUGCCACAGGUAUUCGACAUCGAAAUAAAAGUCCAGGAAAAAGUAUUAGAAGCCCUACAGGAUAUGAUGCUCAGCAAAAUCACUCCAUACUCUGAUGACUAUGAAGAAACGGCAGACUGCCUACCAUGGAAGAUUCUUUAUUACGUAACAAGAAUGAAAAUGAGAAAACAUUUAUCCAAAGCAUGCAGCGUUUGGGCGCAAACUAAAGUCAUCACACGAUCAUUGAUAGCCGAUGUUCAGUCACACAUUGGAACAGAUAACAAUCUAUCAGCUUGGAUAUUACUAGAAGCCUUUUCACAAUAUAAAAUAUUACCAAACAUGAACUUGCAUUUUGCAAAUUAUAAAGAGCUCUUGUCUCAAGAUAACUUUUAUGCAAAUUUAGUACUGGAAGUCUUAAGAAAUACAUGGUCCUCCUUAGAUAAUGAGUUCCUGAAGAAACUUCACUCAGAUCUUCUAGACUCUCUCUGGCAUUUCAAAGUUCAUUUUGCAUCUGUUGGUCUUUGUCUAGACAUUAUUGGAACAAUUUUAAAACAUCUCAAUCCGGAUAAUGCUAACCAGUUACUACAAAUGAGUGGAUCCCAAUUAAUGAAACUGUCAGAAAAUGAAAUAAAGAAAAUUCACGACAAUAAUAACACAGCUGAAGUAGCAAUUACAUGUCUAAGAGCUAUGUGUACUAUUGGACAUGCAUCGGCUCUAUGCACUGAUACAAUAUCUCCAUCAUGUCUACGUACUUUACAAGGGUUAUUACUGGAGUGGGAUUCGUUUCCAGCAAGAUUAAAAAACGCGAAGGAACUAAGGCCAGCUGCCAUAACUCUUCUUGGUCAACAAGCAAUGAGGAAUCGUGAAAUAGCUCAAGAAGUUACACCUAUCCUAGGAAAAUUAAUGUGCCAGACUACAGAAGGAAGUUCUAAAGUAGAAGCAGCAAUAAGAGUGAAUUCUGCCAAGGCAUUGGCUGAUCUUUGUAUCCGUUUUACGGCUUUAGUAGAACCGUAUUUACCUGACAUGUGUGUUAGUAUGAAAGACCCUAAUCCUGUUGUCAGAGAAGUAAUAGUAGUCUUAUUCAUUCAGCUACUGCUAGAAGACUUCAUAAGAGUCAAAGGACUCUUCUUCUUUCAUAUUCUAACUAUGCUCUCUGACACAGAUGAGACUAUUCGAGAAUUGACUAUAUUUCUCAUAAAGGAGAGACUCCUAGUGAAAAACAAAACACUAAUAUCACAACAGUUCCUGCAGAGUAUAUUUCAUUACAACAAUUAUCAGGAUAUGAAUAAAUUUAGAACGCGGCGUAUGCGCGAAAGGGAGAAAAUUGCUUUGACUCUACCUGGUCAAAGAAAUCAGGCAAAACGUCGAGCAAUAUAUAAUUUCAUGCUAGAGCACCUGGAUCCUCCAGGAAAGUUGAAGUUGUACGUCAGGUUAACGAAUGAAGUGUUGGCUGCUGUUUUAAAUGGAAGUAUUCAUACGAAGCAAGAGGAAGGUAUAUCCGUUUUAAAGGAUGCAUUGUACAUCAUCUCCAGGGAACAAUUACAGCCUAUGGCCUCAGUAAAGCAUACAGAGGAUGAUGUACUGGAUGAGAGCACAUCUCCGGGAAACAACUCUCCAAGCAAUGCUUUGAAUAUCAUCGUUGAAGAGAUGAAGAGACAUGGCUUAGAAGUAUUAUUGCCAAUCCUGAUUAAGCUGAAGAGAAAACUCAAAAAUUCUUUACCAUCUGUAAUAGCUGAUGUUACCAGGCUUUUUAUCAAGGUUGUUUCGGAGUACAGCAAGGAUAAACUUUCUAACCUGAUAAGCGAGUAUCCAGAUUUAGAAAAACAAAUAGACCAAGAUAUAAGGCAAUACGGUAAAAAAACAAAAUCCGACGACGAGCAUACGGACGAAGAAGAGUGCUCUUCCCCGUCUCAGCCUAGCCCUUCAAAUAUUGCUUCAUUAAGUUCAAAACUAUUAGAUCCGAAUCGCACACCCAGAAUCGUCAUACGUAGACUAUCAUCCCUAACGUAUCCAGGAAUACCAAACCUGCGAAGUCCGCCCCAAAACUUAUACACCAAUGAACAACCUGGUCCAUCUGGAAACGUACAAAUUUUAACACCAACCUCUGCCACAAGUGCAAACACUCUGCUAUUUAAUGCUGGUCCAAGUUGUAGCAGCUCACCUAAAUCUUCCAGAAUGGAUCGAUCUUUUCGCUUAUGUAGAUAUAGUCCAAUUUCUCCAAUGCGAGACAAGAGAUUAUCAGUCAUUUUUGACGAUCCAGAUUUAGUCUCAAAUUCAAUGAAUACAGCAUUAUCAAAGUCACCAGGACAAAGGGUUCAAGGUGAAAAUGAUUCCGAUUAGGUAAUUCUAGUGAUUUACCUUUUAACAUUGCUCGCACGCGAAAUGAUGUUUGAGAAACGGUGAACGUGCGACUUUCCAACUCGCCCUGAAUUUCUAAAAUAUCAUGGGAAAAUUUCAAUAGAGAAAUUAAUAAAAAGACAAAACGUUACUCACCCCGAUUGUUAUGCGUAAGAACAUUGUUGUGCAAGUCCUUAAUAAUACUUAUAUUUUCGACGAUAAGCUGAAUCAAGCUCCGUAUUUCUUCGACCUGAAAACAAAAUAUGUAGAACGCACCUUUCUGAGAAUACUUCAAUAGAGUCUGAAUCACUAAAGUAGAUAAUUAACGUAGCACAUACUU